GAGUACAGUCAUGGAGGUGGCUCUGGAACAGUUCUUCAUUUUCGUAGGGCUGCUGGUGUGCCUGGUGUACCUGGUGAAGUGUGUGAGAUUCUCCAGUUAUAUUUUCCGGCACUUCUGGAAAGUUUUGCCAAAGUCUUUCUUGAAGUCAAUGGGACAGUGGGCAGUGAUCACUGGAGCAGGAGAUGGGAUUGGAAAAGCUUAUUCAUUUGAGCUAGCAAGACAAGGACUCAAUGUUGUGCUUAUCAGCCGGACACUGAAAAAACUACAGGCUGCUGCCGCAGAGAUUGAGUGCACUACGGGGAGUAGUGUGAAGAUUAUACAAGCAGAUUUUACCAAAGACAACAUAUAUGAGUAUAUUAGAGAAAAACUUAAAGGCUUAGAAAUUGGAAUUUUAGUCAACAAUGUCGGAAUGCUUCCAAACCUUCUCCCGAGCCACUUCCUUGAUACACCAGAUGAAAUCCAGAGUCUCAUCCAUUGUAACAUCACCUCAGUAGUGAAGAUGACACAGCUAAUUCUGAAACAGAUGGAAUCAAGGCAGAAAGGCCUUAUCUUGAACAUUUCUUCUGGGGUGGCCCUCUUUCCCUGGCCUCUCUACUCCAUGUAUUCGGCCUCCAAGGCUUUUGUGUGCAUGUUUUCCAAGGCACUGCAAGCCGAAUAUAAAAGGAAAGGAAUCAUUAUCCAGGUGCUGACUCCAUAUGCUGUUUCCACCCCAAUGACGAAGUAUCUACACACCAACAUGGUAACCAAGACCGCCGAUGACUUUGUUAAGGAAUCACUGAAUUACAUCACGAUUGGAGAUGAAACCUGUGGUUGCCUCACCCAUGAACUCUUGCGGAGCUUCCUGAGGCUGAUCCCAUCAUGGGUUUUGUACAGCAGCACAUUCCAGAAGAAAUACAUGGACUACCUCAAGCAGAAUACCAACACCAUAUAGUCCAAGUGGGCUGAUGUGUCAUCCAGCAUUGUUCUCUUCACCAUGUUCCCUGUUGGCUGCAGAAAACUAAGGAGCAGAACAGCCCCUGAACUCUCCUGAAGCUGGCGAGGCUGUGUCACAAAUACAUUCCCCAAAUACAACGUUUAUUAUUAUUAUUA